GCUUCCGGCGCAAUGUGUAGUAGUGCUCAUUUGCCUCCUCAUCACUCAUCCUUGUCCUAAGAUAGGAACCCAAUAAGCUUUCUUGUUAGUCCUCAGUUUUUCAUCCAAAAGGCACAGAUUAGAAGGUGAAAAUGAAGGUGCAAGUAGAGGACUAGAGGUCCUUCAGGUUUUUACUUGCCUUCUGCUUGCAGUUUUUGCAGAGAAGGAUAUCAAGCCAAUCGCCUUGCAAGCAUGGCGCAGGCUCUGAGUUUGAGUUUGCUCCUUUCAAUUCUGGCAAUUGGAUCCUGCGUUGCCAUUGAGGUUACUGACCACAUCGACUUGUGGCCUAUGCCAACGUCGGUGAGCCAUGGAACACAGAGACUUUAUGUCAGCAAAGGUAUAACAAUGACAAUGGUGGGAAGCACGUAUUCUGAUGAGAAAGAGAUCUUGAAGGAUGCCUUCCAGAGGACAGUUGAUUUAAUCAAACUGAACCAUGUCGUUGAUGGUGCAAACCCAAGUUCUUUUGUACUCACCAGUGUGAAUGUAGUUGUCCAUUCAUCUGAAGAUGAACUCAAGUUCGGAGUAGACGAAUCAUAUAACUUAUCUAUUCCUACAGCAGGAAACCCAUUGCACGCACAGAUUGAGGCUCGAACAGUAUUUGGAGCACUUCAUGCUUUACAGACAUUUAGCCAAUUAUGUUACUUCGAUUUCACAUCAAGGCUUAUAGAAAUCAUCUCGGCUCCUUGGACAAUUUCUGACACACCCAGAUUUCCUUACCGAGGACUUCUUAUUGAUACCUCAAGGCACUACCUUCCUGUUACGGUAAUUAAAAAGGUGAUCAAUACAAUGACCUACAGUAAAUUGAACGUUCUCCAUUGGCAUAUUGUGGAUGCACAGUCAUUUCCCAUUGAAAUACCUUCAUACCCUAAACUGUGGAAUGGUUCAUAUUCUUUUUCAGAGAGAUAUACAACGUCUGAUGCUAUAGACAUUGUGCGAUAUGCUGAAAAUCGAGGUGUAAAUGUUAUGGCUGAGAUUGAUGUUCCUGGUCAUGCUCUGUCAUGGGGCGUUGGCUACCCAUCAUUGUGGCCAUCAGAUACCUGCAAAGAACCACUUGAUGUCAGUAACAACUUUUCAUUUGGAGUUAUUGAUGGCAUUCUUUCAGAUUUCAGCAAAGUUUUUAAGUUCAAAUUUGUGCAUUUGGGAGGUGAUGAAGUCAACACAAGCUGCUGGACUGCAACACCCCACAUUAAGAAAUGGUUGGAUGAUAACCAUAUGAAUGUGACAGAUGCAUACAGAUAUUUUGUGUUGAGAUCCCAAAAGAUAGCAAUAUCACAUGGCUAUGAUGUCAUCAACUGGGAGGAAACAUUUAACAACUUUGGAGACAAGUUGGACCGUAGAACCGUGGUUCAUAACUGGCUUGACGAGGACGUAGCACCAAAAGUGGUUGCUGCAGGGCUGAGAUGCAUAGUAAGCAACCAGGAUAAGUGGUACCUAGAUCACUUAGAUGCCACAUGGGAGGGGUUUUACACGAAUGAACCUCUGAAAGAUAUUGACAACCCAGACCAGCAACGUUUAGUCAUUGGUGGUGAGGUCUGUAUGUGGGGUGAACAAAUUGAUGCAUCAGAUAUUGAACAAACCAUUUGGCCACGUGCUGCAGCUGCUGCAGAGAGAUUAUGGACUCCUAUUGAGAAGAUUGCAUUAGACCCAAGAUUGGUCACACCAAGAUUGGCACGCUUCAGGUGUUUGCUGAACCAAAGAGGGGUAGCUGCUGCGCCUCUGGCUGGUUAUGGCCGUACAGCACCAUAUGAACCUGGUCCCUGUGUAAGGCAGUAGGAUAUUUAUAACAAAAUGGAGUAGGAACAGAGGAUAACCAUUGUUCAGGAUUCACUUUUACCAUGUGUAACAUCAGCAGCUCAAUAUUCAGAUAGUUCUGUGGUUAUAAACUAUUGAGUGUUCCUAUUAGUCCU